UAAUUAUUUUUUUAUUUUGUAGUAAAAAGCAAACUUCAGCGCCAAUGACAGUGUUGAACAAUACUGUUAGUUUUCCUCAUAGGCGCAUGCUAAUUAGCUAGCUAACGUUAGCAUGCUUGCUAUUUGUCUUGGUCCCUAGCCAACGUUCGUUUUGUAACUCAGUAUUGUAUUUUACGAACGUUAACGUUACACUACUUAUCAUUUUAGAUUAACUAGUUAGUUAGCUAAUAGUCCGUCUGUGAGAACUGUGAGGUUAGCUGCCCAAGUGUUUGUUUUGGCUCUCGCUUGGCUUGAUUCGGAUUCCUAGAUCAUGUGAACAACAACGCUUGAUGCUAGUCAGCUAAAAUUAGUUUGGCGUAACGUUAGUUUAGAAAGGAUGGCAGCCAAGAAACGACAACAGACGGUGAGUGGUGUCUACUACACAGACAUCCCGUGACUAAGAAAUAAUUGCAUUAGUCAAUAGGAUGCCAUUUGGCACACCAUUUUCUUUAAUCUGUAAUCCUUACAGUGACCUCUCCUUGGCUGUUUACCUGUGCAACAGGUUUAGCUCACACUACUCUGCGUUAAACUAGUUAGUUACACAGCGCUUUGGCUCGACCAGAAGAACGGGAGGACAGCAGGGAGAAUGGGAGGACUAGAUAGCUAGAUUGGGAAGAUCAUGAUGAAGCUGAAAACCUGUCUUGUAUUCUCAUCUCAAAGUGACUCCAGUCCUAUCUGUUCAGUUUGGUUACCAGCAGAUUUAGGACUGAAGGGCUCUCUGCCUGGAUGACAAGUACACAGCCUAUGUCCCUGAACACUGGUGAAAUUGCACAGGAACUAAGAAGAUGGAAGGACCUCUGAGGGGGUUUUGACAGAACAUGGAAUUUGACUGUAAUUAAGAGUUGAAUGAAUGUUUAUAAUAACUGAAUGGAGAUUUAAAGGCAUCUUAACAUCAGUGGAUUGUGGAAACAAAAGUAAAGGUGGUGACCAGGCUCAAGGUGUGGAGGCAGGUAGCCCAAAGGGCUAGCAACCGGAGGGUCGACGGACUGAAAUCCAGAGCCCUAUAGUAAGUACGUGGUUUGAGGAGAUAGCAAAGUAACUUUUUCAUCAACUCUUGAGUUCAACUCAGAACAACUGGUUCCACAAAAGUGGCUCACCUUUUAGCCAGGUACAUUUUUAGGGCGGGAACAAGUCCUUCAGUGCUAAACUGCUCCCGGGCAGGCUAACUCUAUUUAUCCUGAAUUAAGUGUCUGAGCCAGAAGUUGAGUCUCGUCUUCUUCGUUUGAGGUAGACAACCAAUUUUAAAUAUUUUAUUAAUAAAAUGUUUUUUUGUGGUAAAGAAAUAUUAAUGUUAAAAUAUUUAUCACAUUACAUAUUUAGUAAUAACAGAAUGCAUUUGAAACUACACGCACAAUACAACUUGUGUAUGACUUAAUACAAUUGUUUUAUCGAUUGGAGUGGGGGGAAAGCAGGGAUGCAAACUAGUCACCUUUCGCCAAAAUUUGCAGUUUUGAAUCUAAAAUAGGUGACCUACGUGAUUCGUGUAGAUCCAAUGAGAAGUUUUGGGAGGGGGGGAUGGGGUGGGUUAGGAUCACUACUGGCUGUAAGAGAAUGAUUGAUGCACGUUUUGAACAAUACUGGCUGUAUCCAAGGCUCAGCCAAUCGUUUACAUAACACAAUGCAAAGAAGAGACAACUAGUUAUAGCAUCAGCGCCCGCUCUAGAAAGGCAGUUUGCCAGUAUGAGCAGCGCGUCCCCUGAACGAUAACAAAGAGGUAUUUGUUUUAUUUAUUUAACCUCUAUUUGCCUAGGCAAGUCAGUUAAGAGCAAAGCAUUUUUGUCUAUAAUUUUCGGUUUGGCUAUUUGUUUCAAGGUAUAUGUGGUGGUUCUAGCUUGUUUGCCUUCCCGGGGCGAACCCCCCCCCACCUUCAGCGCCUACACCCGUGCCGCCCUGGGCGACUGCCCAUGUCGCCCAUACCUAAAUCCGCUACUGAUUUUGUGUUGGUCUAUAAAUAAAUCUCUGGCAAAAUUCGUCAUCUCUCCCAUGUCUUAUUUGACUAGUAGUUGUUCUGAAAUGUUUUUAUAUCUUGCCUACAUUUGACUCCCUCCUCUGUUUAAUAUAACACACAUACAUUUAAUUAUUCAUUUUGGUUGCCUAUCCUGACGUGAAGUUUGUUCUAUAGAAAGUAUUUGACUCUAGCCACAAAAUUUAAGGAAAUUGGGCACUAUCAUACCUAAUGUUUCUCCUCUACUGUAUGUGGUUUAUUUUCAGAAUGAGAGAAUUAAGUGAAAAUGAGAGGGUUGCUUGUUAAACAAGUGGAUUCAGGGAUCAAGUGGAGCUGGGCCUGGCUUAAGCUGGAGGCCACUAUAGAGAGCUGAUCUGAUUGGUUAAAAUGAUCUGAUUGGUUAAAAGACCAAUUACUGGAGGAGAAGAAGAAGGGAGAAAAAAACAAACAUAAUUGGUCUGUCUGUAAACACAGCCGGAGACGGAGGAGCUAGAUGCUGUGAAUGUGUGAAGCUCAUCCCAGCUGUGUGCAGGUGUCCUGGGCUAUGUAGCCAGACUUACACCCUGACAUGCUCCAGACCAACAACUACUCGCUGGUCCUGCUGGUCCAGCUGGGUUUGCUGACCUAUGACCUGUUUGUCAACUCCUUCAGUGAGCUGCUCAGGGCAGCGCCCGUCAUCCAGCUAGUGCUGUUCAUUAUCCAGGAUAUAGCCAUCCUGUUCAACGUGAUCAUCAUUCUGCUGAUGAUGUUUAACACGUACGUGUUCCAGGUCGGUCUGGUCGCUCUGUUACUGGAGAGGUUUAAAGGCUUACUGAUGCUGUCUGCCAUCUACCUCACUCUCAGCAUCUCCUUUCACUGCUGGCUAGUGAACCUGAGAUGGCUGGAAUCCAAUCGUUUCAUCUGGACGAACGGCCUGCGUGUCCUCUUCGUAUUCCAGAGGGUUGCUGCAGUGUUGUAUUACUACGUUUACAAACGGACAGCAGAGUGUCUGGGUGACCCGGGGCUGUAUCAGGAUUCUGUCUGGCUGAGGGAUGCCUUCGCCAGAGCUCGUCAGUGAGGAGGAGGAAAUGGAAGGAACAAUUACACCCCCAAAGGAUUUAUUACCAGGCGAGGCCUGCCAGGCUCUGUGUUGACUCACUACCUGGGUGAGCCAUGUUCAUUGGGCAUGAAACGGAAGAAAACUGAAAGAGGGAAGGACUCCCAGGUCCUGUCCAAUAAGAAAUAACCAUUAUUGUUUUCCCGCUUCAAAACAGUUUGACCCACUGAAAAUGACUCGGGGCUAGGAUGGAGCCAACGGGAAAAGUGAGAAACUGCAAUGGGUUUAUACAGCAGGAUGGACAGUGAUAGAUCAUCAAGUCUAUGUACCACACUACACGAAUAUGGACUAAUGUAACAAGUAGACAAGACACUAAAGGACAAUCUGAGGCAGACUCCUUUAUUUUUUAAACAGUACAUUCAUAAUGACAGCUAUUAAUUUAGUGUUUUUUACUAAGAUGGGAUAACGAUAGCGUCCCAAAUUGCACCCUAUUUCCUAAUAGAGUACACUAAAUAGGGAAUAGAAUGCAAUUUGGGAUGCACUCCUGGUUCUGGAACAACAGUGUAUAAGAGUUGUUACUGGUUCCCUCAGGUGAGAGAGGAAGUCCUGGGGCUCGAUUCAAUCCAGAAGGUCUGUGUUGUAGCGUGGUUGAAAUAUCAAGGUCAUUUCCUGUUGAGACGAUGUAUGCAAAUGUUUACCCUGAAGGAAGUCUCCGCUAUAAUGCUGAUCCUGGUUCAGUUUGUCUUGUAGAUAAGAUGUGCCGUUUACACAAUUUAUGGAUAUUCAUUUAUUUAAUUUUUUUAACCGUCAAGUUCAAAUUGUCAAUCCAACACUUUUUUUUCUCUUCUCCUUUUAUAAAAAAUGCCUGUUCUCUGUG